GGUCUGCGACGCAAGCGCAGUGCGGAUAAACAGGAAGCGGGCAGUAGGGGCAGCGGCAGAGGAGACCUAGGGGCUUAGGUGGGGAAGCAGCAGGAGGAGGAGAUAAUUAGGAGGGUAAUAGAGGUUAACUAAAAACGAGAAAAGGAGCUCAGGCCAUUUGCCUUCAGAGAACGAGAGGUCGCGGCCUCGUUCUUCGCUCUGGUUCCCGGCUUCCCGGCUGAGGCUGAGACUGAGGCUGAGGCUGCGGCUGACAAAGGGCUCGCGCCGGUGCCGCCGCCCUUCUCAUCCGGGCCACUGCAGAGAGGGAGGGGGAAGGGCGGAGGGGGGAAGGGAAGGAAUCGGAAGGGCGCGCGCUCGGAGCCAAGGCCCUUUCCAGGGCUCCGGGCCAGCGGCCCAACGGACGGAGGCCGAGGAGGACCUGCAGUGGUGGCGGUGGCUCGGGGCAGGAGGAUGGUACAGAAAGAGAGCCAGGCGGCGCUGGAGGAGCAGGAGAGCGAGCUCAGUUCCAAUCCUGCAGCCACCUCUUCCUCCACGGGGGCAUCGUUGGAGACGCCGGCUGCUCAGGCCCCCGGAGAUGACAACCCAGCCGGGACCUCGGGAGCAGCGGUGGCCGGGGCGGCAGGAGGGGCUCGGAGAUUCCUCUGUGGCGUGGUGGAAGGAUUUUAUGGAAGACCUUGGGUUAUGGAACAGAGAAAAGAACUCUUUAGGAGGCUCCAGAAAUGGGAAUUAAAUACAUACCUGUAUGCUCCAAAAGAUGACUACAAGCAUAGGAUGUUUUGGCGAGAGAUGUAUUCAGUGGAGGAAGCUGAGCAGCUGAUGACUCUCAUCUCUGCUGCCCGAGAAUAUGAGAUUGAGUUCAUCUACGCCAUCUCGCCCGGACUGGAUAUCACCUUUUCUAACCCUAAAGAAGUAUCUACGUUGAAGCGCAAACUAGACCAGGUUUCUCAGUUUGGGUGCAGGUCGUUUGCCUUGCUUUUUGAUGAUAUCGACCAUAAUAUGUGUGCAGCAGACAAAGAGGUAUUCAGUUCUUUUGCUCAUGCCCAGGUCUCCAUCACAAAUGAAAUUUAUCAAUACCUUGGAGAGCCAGAAACUUUCCUCUUCUGUCCGACAGAAUAUUGUGGCACUUUCUGUUAUCCAAAUGUCUCUCAGUCUCCUUAUUUAAGGACUGUGGGUGAAAAGCUUCUCCCUGGAAUUGAGGUGCUUUGGACAGGUCCCAAAGUUGUUUCUAAAGAAAUUCCAGUAGAAUCUAUUGAAGAGGUCUCUAAGAUUAUUAAGAGAGCUCCGGUAAUCUGGGAUAACAUUCAUGCUAAUGAUUAUGAUCAGAAGAGACUGUUUCUGGGCCCAUACAAAGGAAGAUCCACAGAACUCAUCCCACGGUUGAAAGGAGUCCUGACGAACCCAAAUUGUGAAUUUGAAGCCAACUAUGUUGCUAUCCAUACCCUUGCUACCUGGUAUAAAUCAAACAUGAAUGGAGUGAGAAAAGAUGUAAUAAUGACUGACAGUGAAGAUAGUACUGUAUCAAUCCAGAUAAAGUUAGAAAAUGAAGGCAGUGAUGAAGAUAUUGAAACUGAUGUACUCUAUAGUCCACAGAUGGCUCUAAAGCUUGCUUUAACAGAAUGGUUGCAGGAGUUUGGCGUACCUCAUCAGUAUAGCAGUAGACAAGUUGCGCACAGUGGAGCUAAAGCAAGUGUAGUUGAUGGGGCCCCUCUUGUUGCAGCACCUUCUUUAAAUGCCACGACUGUUGUUACAACAGUUUACCAGGAGCCCAUUAUGAGCCAGGGAGGAACCUUGAGUGGUGAAUCUGCAGCUCUGACCAAGGAAGAAGAAAAGAAACAGCCAGAUGAGGAACCCAUGGACAUGGUAGUAGAAAAACAAGAGGAAAUAGACCACAAGAAUGACAAUCAGAUCCUAACGGAAAUUGUUGAAGCUAAGAUGGCAGAGGAGUUGAAACCAAUGGACACUGAUAAAGAGAGCAUGGCUGAGUCCAAGUCCCCCGAGAUGUCCAUGCAGGAAGACUGCAUCAGUGACGUUGCGCCUAUGCAGACUGAUGAACAGACGAACAAGGAGCAGUUUGUGCCAGGUCCAAAUGAAAAGCCCUUGUAUGCUGCAGAGCCAGUGACUCUAGAGGAUUUGCAGUUACUGGCUGAUCUGUUCUACCUUCCUUACGAGCAUGGGCCCAAAGGAGCACAGAUGUUACGGGAGUUUCAGUGGCUUCGAGCAAAUAGCAGCGUUGUCAGUGUCAAUUGCAAAGGAAAGGACUCUGAAAAAAUUGAAGAAUGGCGGUCACGAGCAGCCAAGUUUGAAGAGAUGUGUGGACUCGUGAUGGGAAUGUUCACACGGCUCUCCAAUUGUGCCAACAGGACAAUCCUUUAUGACAUGUACUCCUAUGUUUGGGAUAUCAAGAGUAUAAUGUCUAUGGUGAAGUCUUUUGUCCAGUGGUUAGGGUGUCGUAGUCAUUCUUCAGCACAGUUCUUAAUUGGAGACCAAGAACCCUGGGCCUUUAGAGGUGGUCUAGCAGGAGAGUUCCAGCGUUUGCUGCCAAUUGAUGGAGCAAAUGACCUCUUUUUUCAGCCACCCCCACUGACUCCUACCUCCAAAGUUUAUACCAUCAGACCGUACUUUCCCAAAGAUGAGGCUUCUGUGUACAAGAUUUGCAGAGAAAUGUAUGAUGACGGAGUGGGUUUACCUUUUCAAAGUCAGCCUGACCUUAUUGGAGACAAGUUAGUAGGAGGGCUGCUUUCUCUCAGCUUGGAUUACUGCUUUGUCCUAGAAGAUGAAGAUGGCAUAUGUGGCUAUGCCCUGGGCACUGUAGACGUGACCCCCUUCAUUAAGAAAUGUAAAAUCUCUUGGAUUCCCUUCAUGCAGGAGAAGUAUACCAAACCAAAUGGUGACAAAGAACUCUCUGAGGCUGAGAAAAUAAUGUUGAGUUUCCAUGAAGAACAGGAAGUAUUGCCAGAAACUUUCCUUGCCAACUUUCCUUCCCUGAUUAAAAUGGAUAUUCAUAAAAAAGUAACUGAUCCAAGUGUGGCCAAAAGCAUGAUGGCUUGCCUCCUAUCUUCACUCAAGGCUAAUGGCUCCAGGGGGGCUUUCUGUGAAGUGAGACCAGAUGAUAAAAGAAUUCUGGAAUUUUACAGCAAGCUAGGCUGUUUUGAAAUUGCAAAAAUGGAAGGCUUUCCAAAGGAUGUGGUUAUUCUUGGCCGGAGCCUGUGACACGUAUUGGCGUUGUGAACUGUCCAAAAGUCUCUUUAACUCCACUUGGUGGGUGGUGGUUGGGGUCUUCAUACAGUUCAGCUUCUGGAGUGGCAACAAAUCAAUCAGAAAAUUGGAUUAGAAACAAAGAAGACUGUAAAACUGACCCAUCACACAUUCAGACUACUCACUGGUUGGAAGAAAAUAGUAUUGCUACAAAUCCUAUAUGAAACAGGGAUGGGCCUUCUUUUUGGGUCUUGUGUUAGGUGCCAAGACCUCUUACAUAGGCUUAUAGGGAGGGAGGGGGUGGUCUUCAAUAAAUGUAGUCAGCACUGUUUUCUGCACCAGUGUGGUUGCAUUUCUCACCUAAGGGUAAUCAAAAUCACUUCUGUCAUCCUUCUCGGUUUAUUGAAUGAAAUGUCUCUCAUUCUUUGGAGGUACAUGGCAGAGAUAAGAAUGGUUUAGUGGGUUUUGGAGUCUUCAGGGUGGGGAUUCCAAGUGGGAUGGUUGUCACAUUAGUUUAAGCUGAAUAUGUGAUUUCAGUUUUUGGCCGUUUUUCUGCUUUUCGUAAAGCCGUGGCCAGUUGUCUCCUGUAGCGACUUUUGGUUCAGGCAUGUUGUGCUUUGUAGGGACAAAUGUGCAGUUGUUUGGGGCAAAAGCCUCAAAACGACAAACUUGUAAAUUUCUUUGUAUAUAUAAACUAGUUGUAACCUGGUUAUCCUUUGUGUUUACUGUUUUUAGUUUUUUUCUGGAAAAUAAAAGGGUGUUAGUUCAGGAUGGCACUUUGAAUAAUGUAAAUCAUAGUGGAACAUAGAUUUGCUUUACUUAUAUCUAUGUGGGGGUUUUUAAUUUGUUUUUUUCUUUAGAAGUUUCCUUUUUAAAGUGCCUCCCACCUAGGGCUAGGGUAUGACCAUUUGGGGUACGAAAGCCUAACUUCUGUAACUAGGACUCAGUCUGUUGCAAAGUACAGUCACUUCUGGUAAUUAACCUCAAUAGCAGGUCAGCAUGUGAAAUGUUAGUUUUGACACCUGUCAAGUAGGGUUCAGGGACUAAUUGGUCCCAUUCCUUUAGAUCAAUUGUCCUUUAAUUUUUAAGACCUGUUAGUACUGGUUUUAUUAAAUCAGUGUCUCUUUAUUCUUGCAUGUUUGUAUCUAAUUUUAAAAAGAAAGAAUGAGCACACUUUAAUCAAUGCUUUACGAUUAACUUUUUUCCUCCUUUAACCACUGAUUCUGAAAGCUUCAUGUAUUUUAAUUUGGAUUUGAUGUUUUUAAGGGGCCUGAGCAUGAGGCUGGCAGGUAAUCUCUGCAGGAGUCAUUUUUUCAUCCUGGCUGGCUGACUUCUCCACAGAUUCAUAACAGAAUUUUAUUAUCUUGCUUCCCUGCAGUUUUGCAUCAGCUGUUUAACUUUGAGCUGUGUGAGGGGUGAGGGGCAAGGAGAAGGAAACAUGAAAUAUUUUCCUUCAUAGAAGUCCCGCCAGAGUGGGCUUUGAAGGAACCUUAAAGCUUUAUACCAAGUUUGACUUUAAUCAGGGCAUGAGAGUGCACUGAGUGGGUGAGAAGAAGGCAAGGAAGGAAGCCUCUUCAUUUUCAGAGUAGAAACUUGAACUAAUAGAAAGACAAGGCAUGUUGGAAAGCUGGAUCCAAGUUUGCAUUUUUGAAGGCUGAGGGGAAGUGAAGAGGGAGUAUCCCUAGUAGAUACUGUUUCCCUUUGAGUGUAUCUCAUACACUAGUGGACAACACUAGCAUUUUAUCUGGAAGAUUUUACGGUCAACCUCCUAUGGAAUCAUGAAUUAAAAAAAAAAAAAAUCAAGUUUGCUUGUGGCUUUAUCUUGGCUUUUAAUAAUCAUUUUGGCCAGUCUUCUGGUCACAGAUGGUAAACUGUGAAACAGAUGUCCAGGCCUAAACCUUCAUCACUGUAGGAUCAUAAAGUGCUAGCUAUGCUGACAUCUUUUAUGGUUAUGAAUCUUUAUUAAGGUUGGAAUGACACUUUUAUUGUUUUGAUCACAUCUCAGUUUCUGUAGAAAACAAACUGUAAAACUAUGUGAAGACCAUGCAAGAGGCAAAAUAAAACUUGAAGUGAAUGUGUGUA